CUUCCGCCGGGAGUUGCAGGGUGGUGGUGCUGCUGCUGCUGCGGGUGGGACUGUCGCUUUAACGGUCCACGAGCAGGGCUUUGCGGCGGUAUUGGUGACGAGCCGAAGUCUACCGUGGUAUUGGGCUGGUGGUUAACUGGACGAUUGUUAUUUUUGUUGUGUAUGUGCGGUAACAAUAUGUCAUCGCCGAUCAUCGUUCCCGCCGUAAAGAAAGCAACAGCUGCGGUUAUCUUCCUACAUGGAUUAGGAGACAAUGGAUAUGGUUGGGCCGAAGGAUUAUCAAACAUUAAGAUGCCACACAUCAAGUACAUUUGCCCAAAUGCGCCAAAGGCUCCUGUCACAAUGAACUUCCAUAUGCAGAUGCCAUCCUGGUUUGAUAUCUUUGGACUUACUGUGGAUUCCCUUGAAGAUGAGGGGGGCAUCAAGAAUGCCGCAGAAAGUGUUAAAGCAAUGAUAGAUCUUGAAGUUAAGAAUGGAAUACCAUCUCAUCGAAUUAUUUUGGGAGGAUUUUCUCAGGGAGGUGCUCUGUCAUUGUACACAGCGUUGACAACACAUCAGAAGCUUGGAGGUGUGAUUGCCCUUAGCUGUUGGCUUCCACUUCGGAAUGCUUUUCCAGAGGCAGCUGCUAAUAGUCCGAACAAGGAUAUGCAUAUUCUUCAAUGUCAUGGAGAGGCAGACCAGCUUGUGCCUCUAGCAUUUGGUAAUCUUACUUCUAGUAAAUUAAAAACUAUCAUCAAUCCAGAAAAUGUCAUUUUCAAGUCCUACCCGAACGUGAUGCAUUGUUCUUGUUCUAAGGAAAUGUUGGAUAUCAAAGAGUUCAUUGAAAAGCAGCUACCUCCAAUCAACGAAUAAGACAUCAGAAGCAUUUUUUAAAGAAGCUGCACCAGCAUCUGAUUAUGAUUGACCCUAAUCCUUUCUUUUACUUGCCUCCAUAAAACGCCAAUCAUCCAUCAUUUUAACAUUUGCAUUUUACUGAAUUUGUAUUCUGUAAUCUUCACAAAGAAACUUUGCAUUACUUGAGACUGUGCUGCCUACUAGUUUAUAAAUAAUGAGUGUUGCAGUAGCCGCAGACAGCAUUUCAGAUGUUCAUCUAUGCUCAUGCUCAGAUGCUCCUCUAAAAUGUGAGCAUUACUUCUUGCUUUGUUCAGACUGAGAUUCAUUCUCUGUUGACUUAGUGUGGUAUUGGUGAGUGUAUGACCAUAUUGGGGCGGGGGGAGGAGAGUUACAAAUUUCUAUAAUCUCCCACUUGCCAUUUUAAUGCAGUAAAUCUUGUCAUAAAUAAAGGCCAUAUUUGAUAUCCAAUGGUUCUUGUUUCAUAUAAGUGUACUAUUAUGAGUAGUUUUAAAGUGCAUUUCUUCUCUUCAAAAAACAUUUUGACAUCACAUAGCACAGUAUAAAAACAAUACAAAGAAGUGUUCUAAUGGAACAACUGUUUCCAGGUUAAUGUGUAGUCAAAACUGUAUGAAGCCAAGAGCAACGUAACAAUUGUUACUGGCUCAUUUGAAUAAAUGCAGCUUGUUUAGGCAAUAUUAAUUAUGUAAUCUGCUAUACCAAUAUAAGAAACGGUUCUAAAUUGAGAAAUUAUUAGUUCUAUUGUAGUUUUAUUCUAUAUACAGUUCCAAGUUCUAAACUGUGCAGGGAUAUCUUUAUAUGAUUUGUAUAUUACAGUUAGAUUUGUGCAAAGUUGUAAUGAUGGAUUUGGCUUGUGUACUUUACUUUUUGUAUAAUGUGGAAUUUACCUACAUUUUUAAACAUGAGAAUAUGGAUACAUCUCGGUCUAAUACUGUAUAUGGCUUGUGUAAUACACAAUUCUAAAAUGCAAACAGGUUUCAGUGACAAGCAUGUUUCAUAAUUCUCAGAGUAGCAUGGUGGAAUUUAACAGAAGCAUCUAACUAUCAAUGUUUAAUUUAUUUCUGAAAUCUUUUGCUUUUGUACAGGAAUUGUUUUCUUAAAAUGUUAGUUCCCAAAGAAACAAGUUGAAAUUCCUCUUCAACCAGAUACAAAUUUACCAUCGAGUUUAAAAUAUAUUUCCAGAAAUAUAUUGUUCCAAUUGAAUGAACAUGCAAAUUUAAAAUAAUGCUUAAUUGGAUCUAGUAGCAAAAAAAAAUUGUGGCAGAUAGGAAUAUUUUGGGAAUAUGUUCACAAAAAAUGUACCUGACUUCAUUGGGUAAAAAGUGUGAAGAUUUUUGUUAAUUGAAUUCACUGCCGUGAAAUAAAGACCUGCAGUUUCUGUACAACAUGUAAAUGUGAAGAAAUGCUGCUAACAGCUGAUUCACAAAUACCUGCCAAGUUUAAAAUAAAUGUCCUAUUUUAGUGCAUAAAGUAAUUUCAGAAAAUGAACUAAAAAUAUGCCUUUAAAAUACACCACCAAUUGAUACUGGACCAUUAUGACUCUCUUGGGCUAUGUAUUUUUAGUUAUUCUCUAUGUAAUUGUUUUUUUUCCUUAGGUUAAAAUUGUUUAAAAUAUUUUCAAACCAAAAUCUUAUAUGGAUAAGAUACAUAUGACUCAAAUGUCCAGCCUAUGACAAAUAGACUUCUAACUGUUCUACUUGUACUGAUUUGCUGGUUUGUUCUGUUGAACUUCUGUGGGCUGGGAACUUUACAAAGGAUUGUCCCUAAUGCUGUUGUCUGAAGUGGUAAAUAAAACCAAAAUUAGAAAAGAAA